CAUAACCCAAUUUUCUCCAAUAUUUAUCCAUCUUGCGGUCAUUCGAUCCUGGUUAAUCGAGUAGGAGCAAGCGCUUCUGCUUCCAGGCACCAUGCCCAAGUUUGUUCCUCGUCAGCGGAAGCAAAAACAUCGGCAGCAAGUGGAGUCAACUGGAGUAGACACCAAUGCCGCCGAAAUUUUGCCCAUCUCCAAAAAUGAAAAGGAAGCAAAGCGCCAGCGGCUGAAGGAGGAACUCAAAGCGCAGAACCCUGCUAUCUCCUCCAAAAAACAGAAGCGCCUGGAUAAGUAUAUCGAAACAAAAUUGAAGAAAGAAGAGAACAUUGAAUUGUUGAAAAAGCUCGCGCAAAGCAAGAUCGAUACCUCCGCUCUCCAAAGUUCGAAGGAGCUCGGAAAGCGCAAAAGACCUGAUGAGAGACCGCCGCGACCAACCGUCGCCGGCCACAAUGCUCGCCCUGUCCACGAGUACUCCGACGAUGAUUCAGACGAUUCGCUACCUCCAGCCAAGUCCAUUGCCGUCGCUACUAUACCAGAUACAUUUGCAAAUACAUCUGCAGAGCCACAGAACGUAGGCAGCGGCUUGAAGCGCCCACUUGAAUUAGGUCCAGAUGGGUUCCCGAUUCUCAAGAAGCGGAAGCGCGCACCGAAGAAACCAAUGAUCACGAUAACUAUGCCUGAAGUUCCAUGGGACGGUUUUGGCUCAGAUGAUGAAAACUCAGCAGAUGAGCGCAAGAAAUUAAAAGGCGAGGCGGCUGAACAAGAAACCAACCGGGACUCAGAUGAAACGUCCGAGGAUGAUGACACUAGUAACGAGGACAGCGAAAGUGGGAGUGACCAGGAAGACGAUGAGGAGGAAGAAGGAGAAAGCGACGAGGAUGAAGACGAAGAUGACGAAGAUGAUGGAAAGGAUGACGAAGAUGAUGAAGAGGAUGACGAGGAUGACGAAGACGAUACAGGUGAUCUCAGCAAAGUCAAACCACGACAGUCCGCAUUCAAGGAUUGGGCUAGGCAGCAGAUCAAUGAAGCGGUGGGAUUCAAACCUGCGACAGUCCCAAUCGUCUCCGAACCAAUGCCUUUCAUCCCCGAACCCAAGAAACCCGUAAGAAAUACCGUUUACGAGGAGGAGCCGCUGCCCCGAGAGCUUCAAGUCACCACCGGAGAUCCUAACCGCAAGGCGUUCAGUGUCCAAGUCAAUCGUUCUGAGGAGAUACAGAAGGUACGUGAAGGCCUGCCUGUUGUUGGAGAGGAGCAGAAGAUCAUGGAAGCCAUCUACAACAAUCCUUCGAUCGUGAUUUGGGGUGCGACUGGUAGCGGAAAGACCACUCAGCUACCCCAAUUUCUGUUCGAAGCCGGCUACGGUAGUCCUGAUAGUCCCAACCCUGGGAUGAUUGCAGUUACCCAGCCGCGCCGAGUCGCUGCUGUCAGUAUGGCGAAACGUGUAGGCGAUGAGAUGGGACAGUUUUCCGACCGUGUGUCUUAUCAAAUCCGGUUCGACAGCACGGCAACCAGCAAGACUGCUAUCAAAUUCUUGACCGAUGGUAUCCUCAUCCGAGAAAUCGCCGAAGACUUCUCACUGAGCAAAUACUCUGUCAUUGUGAUUGAUGAAGCCCACGAACGAAGUGUCAACACGGAUAUCCUCAUCGGCAUGGUGAGCCGAAUCGUCGAUCUCCGGAAAUCUAUGAGCGAGGAAGAUCCGUCUGUCAAGCCUUUGAAGUUGGUCAUCAUGUCUGCUACCCUGCGAAUUUCUGAUUUCACGCAAAACCCCAGUCUAUUCCGCCAGGGACCACCCCCACUAGUACAGGCUGAAGGUCGUCAAUAUCCCGUCACGAUUCACUUCUCUAGACGCACUCACCGUGAUUACAUUGAGGAGGCCUUCCGCAAAGUAUCUCGAGGCCAUCGGAAGCUACCUCCAGGUGGUAUCCUUGUAUUUUUGACUGGACAGAACGAGAUCCGCCAACUCUCCAAGCGUUUGAAGCAGGCCUUCAAGCCUACCCAGCGAGGAGACCCAAACCAGGUGAAGGUUCAAAUCUCGGCCAACGAUGCGCCAUUAGAGGCCGAAGAUCUGGAAAUCGGCGGUGCCGAUAUAUCUGUUCCUGGCGGUGAAGGAGAUGAUGAAAGCGAUUAUGAGAUUACUGGUUUGGAUGAGCCUGACAGUGAAGAAGACGAAGAGUUCGACUUAGGUGAAGAGUCCAUGAGCUCAUCCACUCGGGUUCACGUACUGCCCUUGUACUCCCAGCUCCCUACCAAGGAGCAGCUCAAAAUCUUCGAAGAGCCACCGGAGGGCUCGCGUCUCAUUGUUCUGGCUACCAAUGUGGCAGAGACCAGUUUGACGAUUCCUGGCAUUAAGUACGUGUUUGAUUGCGGCAGAGCCAAGGAGAAGCAGUAUGAUCUGUCCACAGGAGUGCAGAAAUUUCAGAUUGAAUGGAUCAGCAAGGCUAGUGCAAACCAGCGAGCAGGUCGUGCUGGUAGAACUGGUCCUGGCCACUGCUACCGUCUUUACUCGUCGGCAAUCUAUGAGAACGAGUUUGCCGAGUACACCGAACCGGAGAUUCUACGCACACCGAUCGAAGGUGUCGUGCUGCAGAUGAAGAGCAUGGGUCUGCACAAUGUCAUCAACUUCCCCUUCCCCACGCCCCCUAGCCGUCAAGGCCUGGCCAAGGCCGAAAAGCUCCUGAAGAAUCUGGGAGCUUUGACCUCGGAGGGCAAAAUUACCCAGAUUGGUAACCGCCUUUCUACCUAUCCUCUAUCUCCUCGGUUCGGCAAGAUGCUUUACGUUGGUCACCAGCACGGCUGCAUGCCGUACGUCAUUGCCCUCGUUUCAGCUUUAGCAGUCGGAGACCUCUUUGUUCCCCAGAGUCAGAUUGACCCUGUGCCACCCAGAGCCAACGAUGAUGGAGGCGUAUACACCAACGCGGAUCGCCUCGAGGACACGGCUCGGGAGCAGCGCCACAAAGACUACGCCCGGGUCCAUCGUCUUUUUAGCAAGCACGACGACACCUCUGAUGCAAUGAAAUACCUGUCAGCCAUCUGCGCCUACGGGUACGCCUCCGACGGCGAUUCGUUCUGUGAAAAGAUGUUCCUGCGUGCCAAGGCCUUCAAGGAGGCCACUCAACUCCGUCGUCAACUCACGGAUAUUGUGCGAACCAACAACCCUGGUCUCGUCCCCGCAUAUCAAGCGCGUCUGCCGGAGCCGUCUGAGAAGCAGGUCAAGGCGCUCAAGCAGAUUGUCACCGCGGGUUUCAUUGACAAUGUGGCCCUUCGCGCAGAUCUGGCGCCUGUACCCCCGGAGAUGGCCCGGACACCCAAGCGAGCAAUCGACGUCCCAUACUUUACGCUGAUGAAGUCCCGCGAGGGCCCGGGCUUAGAAGUCACCGAGAAGUGCGUCUAUGUGCACCCAUCCUCCAUCCUUGCGCAGAUGUCGGCCAAGGAGAUGCCGCAGUACAUUGUCUACUCCCAUCUCCAACAAUCUUCCCCAUCAGUGGUGUCAGCAGAACAGGCACCCAAGAUCCGGAUGUACCCCCUGGCUACUCCGAGCGGACUGCAGCUCUCUGCAAUCGCACACAACACGCCGCUAAUCGAGUACGGCAAGCCGAUAGGAAAGGCGGAGACUAUUGAGGGUAUUCCCGAGCGACGCUCCUGCUGGGUAAUCCCGUCGCUGGUGGGUGAGGCCGGCGGCUCCAGGUGGCCUCUGCCCGCGAAGAAGGUCAUUCAGAGGAAGGAUCCGAAGGAGGGAUGGGUGAUUGAGAAAUUUACCAGCUGAGCUAUACAUAGAACAUGAAGCUUGCAAGCAAAAAGUUAAGAUGAU